UCUUUCGGCUCACGUGGGACGUCUCAGAAAAGAGGAAGGAUGUGAGCAGAGACCUGAUAAACGAGUGGUUCCACAUCAGUUAGUUAGCUUUCAAUCUGAACAACAUGUGCACUGGAAAAUGCUCCCGUUGCAUCGCUAUUUCUCUGUACCCAUUAGUGCUCCUGUCCAUCAUCUGCAACAUAGUGCUGUUCUUUCCUGGCGGGAGUGUCAAGUACGCCAAAGAUGGACACAUUACUCGGGAGGUGAAAUACAUGGGGGGACUCGUUGGAGGGGGUUUACUGGUGUUGAUCCCAGCACUUUACAUCAACUUGACUGGGCGGCAGGGUUGCUGCGGAAAUCGCUGUGGGAUGUUCUUAUCCAUCCUGCUGGCUGCAGUGGGAGUGGCCGGCGGCCUGUACAGUUUCAUCGUGGCCCUGGCCGGUGUGGGUAAUGGGCCCCUCUGCAAAUAUAAAGACAGCUGGACAACACCUUUCAAAAAGAGUAACUGGACGUACCUGUCUGACUUCGAGUUGUGGGCAGAUUGCAUCAAGCCUGAGAACGUGGUGAUGUUCAACACUACCCUGUUCGUCACCCUGAUAGCGGCCAGCUGUGUGCAGAUGCUGCUCUGCGCUGUUCAGAUGAUCAACGGCCUCUUCGGCUGCCUGUGUGGAACCUGCCACGACAAAGAGGUGAUUAAGGAGGCAUGAGUUAACCAUUUGCAGUCAUACCACAUCUGAGGAAUUGACCUGCUAGGUUUUGUUCUAUGCGACACACACCUGGAAUAACCUCCCCGAUGAUAAGAGGCGACCCUGACUCUGACCACCUUUAAGUCAAAGCUGGAUCCUCUCCUGUUUUCCACUGCCUGUGUUACCCUGUAGUCUUUCCAGCUUGCCUUCAUUUAAGCUUAAGUAUUUGUCGUGAUCUUUUCUUUCUGUUUCACCUGAUUCGACCUGCACUAGUUUCAGUAUUUUAUACUUUGUCUGUACUUUUGCACUUUUUGAUUUAUAAAUCUGUUCCUUUUACUGUAUUUUUAUUACCAUGUAAAGCACAUUGAAUUGCAGUGUAUGAAACUGCUAUACAAAUAAAGUUGGCUUGGCUUGCGCCUCCUG